AUGGCUGUCAAAGUUUCCUAUCUGGUCGUAGACAUCGUAAUUGUUUCGCUUCAACUCACGGUGAUCAUCUGCAAUGGAUUCAUCCUCUUCUUGCAUAAAGAAAAACAAGGACAUCAUUACCAGCACAUUUUUUCAGCUCUUCCGUACACUAUUUAUCUCACAUGUAAUUGGAAUCCAGUCUAUCUAGAUCUAAGCCCAUAUUAUGUAAUGAUCUCCAGUACUCCUUUAACUGUUCAACUGAAGAUUAACCUUUGCUUAACCAUUUCUAUUGCAGUGGAGAGAACUUUGGCCCUAUUCUUUCCAAUCAUCUUCCGCAAGCUUUCCUCUCGCACAUAUGCAAUCUUCUCCUUAUUCGUUGGAUUUUUGUUAGCAGUACUGGAUGUCGUUGUGGAAUUUCUACUCUCGCCUUUCAAUAGUGUUCCCAACUGCGCCACUAUCGGAUGUUUUCUGAGCGAUAGUUUCCGUUACUAUUGGGGAAUCAGCAACAUGUUGAUGGGCAUUGUUGUUAUUGUUUUGAUAACCUCAAUUCUCACGAAACUACGAACUCUUCGCCAGCAGCCACAUCCGCAUGGAACUGCCAAUCGUAGCAGUGUAGGAAUCUUAAUAAUAUCUUUGGUAUUCGUCACUCUUCCAAGUGUGGGAGCUGGUCUAGUUGAAAUAACUGGCUUCUCAAUUUUCACUUCUGUUGGUCCAUUCUACAUUGUUGGAUUGCUUUCAAAGGGAUGUCUUGCGGGUAGACGACUGUCGACAGUCACGACAGUGUCCACCAUUAAAGCCUUCUCGACAGGUGGAAGAUAA